ACGCCGGCGAGGAUCCGCUGCUGUUGCCGCUAGCUCCAGGCGGGUCCCCGUCCAUCUCCAGUGAGGCGCAAAGCGGAGCUCGCCACUGUCACUGCGGUCUGAAACGCCAUGGCCAAGUGGGGACAUGGAGAUCCGCGCUGGAUCGUGGAGGAGAGGGCUGAUGGGACCAACGUAAACAACUGGCACUGGACAGAGCGGGACGCAACCAACUGGUCAAAGGGGAAGCUGCGGGAGCUCCUGGUGGGGGUCAUGGUGGAGAAUGAGGUUGGCAGCUGUGAGAUCAGUGACCUGAAGCAGGUGGAAGGGGAGGCCUCCUGCAGCAGCCGCAAAGGGAAGCUGAUUUUCUUCUAUGAGUGGAACAUCAAACUGAGCUGGAAAGGUAUAAUCAAAGAAUCUGGUGCAAAGCAUAGAGGAUCAGUUGAAAUACCCCACCUUUCUGAAGAAAAUGAAGUGGAUGAUACAGAGAUAAAUGUGAGUAAAAAGAAAGGAGAUGGAGAUUCACUGAAGGAGCUUAUGAAAACUGCAGGAGUGGCCAAGGUCAGAGAAGCCCUUGAAAAUUACCUGAAAGCCCUGAAGACAGAAUUUACAACAGGAAUGAUUUUACCAACAAAAAUUGCACCUACUCGAGAACUGACUGCAAAAAGGAAAUUGAGUGAACAUACUUUUCAGGAUUUGAUGUCUCCAAUGGCUCUGGAAGCAGUAGGUGUGAGGAUUCCCACAGUGACAAUACAUAUGAGGGAAAUGUUUGACACAGCAGUAGAACAGCUGUAUAGCAUCUUCACCACUAAGGAUUUGGUGCAAAAGUUUUCUAAAUCUUCUGCUGUGAUAAAAGCUGAAAAAGGAGGCAAAUUCCAGAUGUUUGAUGGGAAUGUUACUGGUGAAUACCUAGAACUGUUAUCCAAUAAAAGGAUUGUUAUGAAGUGGCGAUGUAAGAGCUGGCCAGAGGAACAUUAUGCAACUGUUGCACUGAUUUUUGUGCCUGUGGUAGGACAAACAGAGUUACAGCUAAACUGCAAAGGAGUUCCAGUUUGUAAAGAAGAAAGUACGAGACAGUGCUGGGAGAAGCAGCAUUUUGAAGAAAUAAAGAGAUUUACUGUAACUUUUGGCAACCCUGAACAGUUGGAUUAGUUAGAAGACAUUUUAUAAUGGUAUUACACUUUUUUAUAAAUGGGGAAAAAAGUUCAUUCUUCCCUAAACUUCCUUUUCCCCCCUUUUUAAAACAAAUACAAAACCCCUAUUUUGUGCUAGCAAAAAUUCCAUCAAUAUAUACAUAAUUUUAAGUGUUAUUUAUGAGUCUUCACUGUGAACAAGAUUAUGGAUCUACAGUUAAAAACUGUGAGCAAUUUAAAAUAAAACAGUCAUUUUUGUCUAAUGACCUUAGCUGUUAAAAACUCUGGGACUGAACUGGCAGUUUUGAACACUGGGUUAGUAGUCUAGGUUUCCUAAUCUAAAGCUUGGGCCAUCAGCUCAAGUCUGUAAGAUAGUAUAAAUCAAAGUUUUUGUGUUUUUUCCUCAGGGAGUUUGGGGGUGGUAAUUCUAUGCAGUAAAGGGCAUGUUACAACCAGAGCAAGACUAGCCUGGGUAAGGCACUUGUUCUUCUAAAUUCUCUUGGCACAACUGGCCCCUCAGGAGAGAAAAGACCAUGUGAUUCUGGGUGGUGAUGGAGACACCUGGUCUAAACUACGUAGCCCUACAAGUAAGGGGAAAUAAUUGCACUUACUUAGCAGCCUUGAAAAGAUCUGAGAAUGAAAAGCCUUGCCUUUUAAAUCUAAUUUUCUACCUUUAAAUACAAUUAAAUA